AUGAGAGUAUUGGUUAAGCUGAGGUCUGAGCAGCGGGAGAGAGAAGUUGACCUCUCCUGCAAGACACCCGAAGGUUCCCGCAAAGGAGGCGAGGGGGCGGAAGAUAGAAAGAAGAGACAGAAAGUGUCAGUGGCAGAGGGCCUUAAAAGAGGCUCUGCCAUGGAGGCAAAUGAAGGCUAA